UCCCUCCGUGAUGAUCGCAUCCAGGAGAGAGAGAGAGCAGUAAUGGCGGCCGGAUAGAUCCACAUACAAACACCGAGUCCGCAAUCAGCCGCUUCACCGCAGCCCUCCGGGGGCAGCCAGUCUCUACACCGCGGCGGAGCUACCGGGACAGACACGGAGCGGAGACACGGGCUUCAGGGGGGACGGGAGACCUUUCUGUCUGGGACUUUCCUUCUACUUUACUAAAAAAAAGGAAAAAAAAACAUGGACGAGCACCCCGGCGGAGGAGGGGUCGGAGCAGGAACCCCGAGACAGCCUCCGCCGCCGCAGCAGCAGCAGCAGCCGGGGAGCAACAGCAGCGCUAACCCCCCGAUCGGAGGAGUCAUGGUGCCGCACCAGCCGGACGAGCUGCCGCGGCCCCAGCAGCAGUACACCAUCCCCGGCAUCCUGCACUACAUCCAGCACGAGUGGGCCCGGUUCGAGAUGGAGAGGGCGCACUGGGAGGUGGAGAGGGCCGAGCUCCAGGCGAGGAUAGCGUUCCUGCAGGGUGAGAGGAAAGGUCAGGAGAACCUGAAGAACGACCUGGUUAGAAGAAUAAAAAUGUUAGAAUACGCUUUAAAACAGGAAAGAGCAAAAUAUCACAAAUUAAAAUACGGAACAGAGUUAAACCAAGGAGAGAUGAAGAUGCCAAGCUUUGAAUCAGACACCAAAGACUCCGAGGUCUCUGCUGUUCCUGCCAACAGUCAGCUCACCUGGAAACAAGGGAGACAACUACUCAGACAGUACCUGCAGGAGGUGGGAUACACAGACACCAUCCUGGACGUCCGUACUCAGAGAGUCCGGUCUCUCCUCGGCCUGUCGGGGUCCGAGCAGAAUGGAUCUGUGGAGAACAAGAACCUGCAGCACCUGAUCAACGGGACGGAGCGCCGCAAGGACGCCAAAAGGAGUCCAGGUGACGUUCUGGAGACGUUUAACUUCCUGGAGAACGCAGAGGACAGCGACGAAGAGGAGGACGAGGAGGGAGACCUGAUGGACGACAUCACUACAGACAAACACCACAGAGCCAAGAAACACAAAACCAAGGUGGGGAACGAGGGUUUGGCGUCAGAAGACGACGCAGACACGGAGGAGGCUCUGAAGGAGUUUGACUUCCUGGUGACGGCGGAGGACGGAGAGGGAGCAGGCGAGGCUCGGAGCUCUGGAGACGGGACGGAGUGGGCGGAGCCUCUUCCGUUUCCCCCUGGCGGUGGGAAGUCCUUCCUGUUGGGGGGGUCAGACGAUGUGCUGGAGAGCGUUCUGGGUUUAGGCGACCUCGCUGACCUCACCGUCACCAACGACGAGACAGACUACAGCUAUGACCUGCCGUCCAAUAAGGAGUCUUCCUUCAGGAAGACGUGGAACCCAAAGUACACGCUGCGGAGCCACUUUGACGGCGUGCGAGCGCUGGCUUUCCACCCCGUCGAGCCCUGCCUGGUCACCGUGUCCGAGGAUCACACCCUCAAACUGUGGAACCUCACCAAGACCGUCCCUGCCAAAAAAAGUGCCUCCUUUGACGUGGAGCCCAUCUACACAUUCAGAGCCCAUGUCGGUCCCGUGUUGUCGUUGGCGAUGACCUCCAGUGGUGAGCAGUGUUUCAGCGGCGGCAUCGACUCAACCAUCCAGUGGUGGAACAUCCCGAGCUCCAACGUGGACCCCUACGACACCUACGAUCCCAGCGUCCUGGCGGGGUCAUGGUCAGGUCACACAGACGCCGUGUGGGGAUUGGCCUACAGUGGCAUCAAGAACCGCCUCCUCUCCUGCUCUGCCGACGGGACGGUCAAACUGUGGAACCCGACGGAGAAGAACCCCUGCAUCAGCACUUUCAACACAAACAAAGAGCACGGCGUCCCCACGUCUGUGGACUUCAAUGGUUGUGACCCCGCCCACAUGGUGGCGUCGUUUAACACAGGAGACGUGGUGGUUUACGACCUGGAGACAUCCCAGAAUGCACUGGUGCUAAAGGGGCAGGGAGAAGGCACCCUCCCUGGGUCGAAUCAUAUCAAUAAGGUGGUUUCUCAUCCCACGCUGCCGGUCACCAUCACCGCUCACGAAGACCGACACAUCAAAUUCUACGAUAACAAGUCAGGUAAAGUGAUCCACGCCAUGGUGGCUCACCUGGACGCCGUCACCAGUCUGGCUGUGGAUCCUAACGGGAUCUACCUGAUGUCAGGAAGUCACGACUGCUCCCUGCGUCUGUGGAACCUGGACAGUAAAACGUGCGUCCAGGAGAUCACGGCUCACAGGAAGAAGAGCGAGGAGGCGAUCUACGACGUGGCCUUCCACCCUUCCAAGGCCUACAUCGCCUCAGCCGGAGCCGACGCCCUCGCCAGGGUCUACGUGUAGACGAGGAAGAGGAGGAGGAGGAGGACGGCUGGGCGAGAGACAUGGACAAAGAGAUAGACGGGCUGGUCUGUGACAGUAUUCAGGUCUGUUUAGAUCUCUGAACACGGAGUAACGCUGACGAGGAACGACUGAACCACACCCACUCUGACUGAAGACACUGAUCAGCAGAUGCCGCUCUGAUGACACUACAUGAAGCCCCGCCCCCUCUCUCCCCUCACUACACAAGUUAACACUAGUCUGAUGUCCUGACUGCAGACAGGAGGCGCUGUUAGAGGAGAAAUCUCCGUAAACAGGCUGCUUUAGCUCCUCUCUUCAGAUGUUCACGGCGGUUCAGGUUCAGGUUAGACCGUUUCAGUUCCUUAGUGAGUCAGACGGUGUGGUUUAACUCAUCUCUGCAGGUUUUUACUCUAAUCAGGAACAAAUCAUGCAGAAACGACGCCCCAAAGUCUGGCUGGCUUUAGGCCACAGAUAAACCUGCUGCUAACUCGUCGUCUGGCUGCAUCAUCGGCUUUUUAUGAAUGUUCCUCGCUGUAUGUGAUGUGUGCUUCUGGAGGAAUCCUCUACAGGAGAGAAUGAGAGUUCAGGCUGAAAACAACGACCAGAUCUGAACCACAGAGCGAGUCUUUGUCUGCUCUGAUGUUUGCUGGUGUGAACUAAGACGACGGUAGAACUCCAGUAGAGUUUGAUCUCUGAAAGUAUUAGAAUUAAUGUUGGAUUUGCUGAGUCUAACUCAUGUUUCUUUGAGGCGCUUGGCUUUUCUUAGAAGUGGGCGGGGGCUUCAGGUAAAAGGUUGGUCACCGCUGUCCUGCAGGAAGCUCUCAGUGCCAGCAGUUCACCGUUAUUUAUUAUAGCUUUAAGAGAAUUAAGACAGCAUGGCAGCAGGAUUUCCUGGAGCGACAGCGGCGUAUCGUGGAUAUUAGAGAACUGAUCACUAUUUCUGAUGACAGCAGGAUUUAGCCGGUUAAUUCAUCUCUGAUUCUCCUAACCCCCCUACAGCAGAAAGCCCGUAGUCCUGACGAUCAGAGAAAUACCUCAUGGAGAAAGUUUGUCUAUCAGUGAUUACUGCAGAUUGACUUCAGUCAAACUGAUAGAGCGUUCCCGGUGGCUCAUGGGAGUUGAAACAUCUUUAUUGGUGCUUGAGGAUCAGUCUGAGAGUGGUGGUGUUUCUGUUAAAUGUUGAUCUUUUCUGAUGGCUGCUGAUGGAAGCGUCAGAGAACCUGAGAGAGAACCGCUGUCAGCAUCAGGAGGGAGAUUUCUCCUCUAAAACGUCUGGAGAGAUGAGCUGCUUCGACCGAGAAACAGAAGCUCGGAGGAUUUAACCCCGCGUGAUUUUAGAUUUUAAUCUUCAGAAAUCUGAUUUCAGCGUGUUUAGAGCGUUAAAGGGUUAAACUAUGUGGCGGUUAAGGAAACUGACCACGCUGGGUUAAAACUCCUGUUUCUGUUUGUCUCUGAGCUGAUUGGAUCUUUCACAGCAGCCUCUGAGGAUUGGGCCAUUCACCACCACCUCAGCCCCCGGCGGGCCAAUCAGAGCCCGGCGUUGAAGCGAAGGAUGGGGGCAUUUAGCGUUACUGUAGUUCCACAUGGACGUUUUCUGUUUGUGUAAAAUAAAUCUAGUUUUUAUAAUCGUUUUUAUAAACGUGGAGACGUCUAGAGGAGGAUCCCAGUCCCUCAUUCCCGUCCAGUCUCGCCAUCGUGACACUCACAGGCCACGCCCAUGUACUUCCUGUGUCCACGUCUUCAUCAAACACUUCAGGAUGGAGUCUCGCUCCUGUGAGGAACUCUGGUUUUUGGAUCUCAGUGAGGAUUUACUGACAGAAACAUUAAAGAGAGCGAGGAGCUGAGGAGGAGGAGGAGGAGGCUGCUGACGCGCUCUGAUUGGACGUUUGUCUUUCUGUCGGCUGAUGCUGGAGUUUCAAAGUUUAAUACGGUUCUAGAAAAACCAGGGGAAAUUGUUUUAAAGUUCACACAGACAUUUAGAGCUCUGAGGUACGGAACGUUCAGGAACAACUGUCGCCAACAUUCACAUCUGCUCCCUAGAUUCAGUCAUUCAAACCAAAAUUUACCUGUAAAUAGACGCAGCUCUUAUUGUUGCUGUAGAACCAAACAGGAAUCAUUUCAUCAGAUUUUUACUAGAAUCAAGUAAAAGUUUAAAAUUCCUGAUCAAGUUUUAAUUUUUCUUAUUUAAGUGAAAACAAGUUUCUGGUUUUGAAAUUCUGUUUGGUUUUUAAGUUGAAUUUAUUUGUAAAGCUCAUUUAAAAACGGCUCAAAGUUUGGUAAGGCAAGACAAGUUUAUUUGUUUAGCACAUUUCAGCAACAAGGCAAUUCAAAGUGCUUCACACAGAACAUUAAAAUACAAUGACAAAUGGAAAAAGACGAUAAUUUUAAACAGCAAGUAAAACCCACAAAAGAUAAAAACACAGAUAUUAAAGUAAAAGUUACAGUGCAGAGUUGUAGUUGAAAUAGAAAGGUAAAACUGGUAAAACCAGUAAAUGGAAAUAAUUUCCCAUAAAAGCCAACUGUGGAAAUCCUCAGAUCGAAUCAGAACGCUGGAGAGCAACCAAGGCUGAAGAUAAAAAUGAAAAUCAAAGACUUUGUUAACUGUAGAGAAUCAAUAAAGUUCAAUAAAGAAGGAAAUGAUUAGCGUUCUGAUUUAUCAGACGCAUGUCUGACAUCAGGGAUUAGUAAUGAUCUUCAAAUUCUCCAACAGCCUUUAAUUUAGUAAAAAAAUCAAAGAUUGUUCACAUCUAGAGUCUGUAAAUGUAUGUUAAUUAUCAAUCAGUCUGUUUAACUCAACACUACCAAUGGAAACAGACCGUUAGAUAAUUCAGUGUGAAGUAAAGCCAAACCUAUGACAGCUUGUCAGCGCCACAGUUAAAAAAUAGAGAAUCCGUUAAUUUUGAGAAAACAUUUUCAUGUUUAAAAAGUCAAAAAUUAAUAAUGGAAAAAAAAUCCAAAUAUUUCAGUGUAAAGAUUCCUGAGUUUAUGAGAAUAAACUUAAUUUUUCAGUAUAAAAGUCAAAAAUUUUAAAAACUAGAAUGAGAAGGCAGGAACGUCUGCACUAAGAAACCAAACUUUCAUUAACUGAAGAAAAAAGAACUGGAUAUUUUCAUCAAAAUUAUCAAAUAAAUGAUCAGUUUAACUUUGUAGGGAAAUAUGGUUACUCUAAAUUAGUGCAGUGUAAAGCUAAAUGUAUUUGGUCCAUUUCUAUAAAGGUUAAAAAAAGGAUCAGUUGGUUUUAAAAAUUAAAAUAAAAUACAUUUUUUGAGAUACUAAAAUCAUGAAUUUAUGAGAAAAAAAUGAACUCAAACAUUCUUUAUUUGAUUAAUGAAUAUUUAUGACUAUAAACUUCAAAAUUUCUGAGUUUAGAUUGAAAAUUUAGGAAUUUUUCAACUUGAAAAUUUCAAGUUUUUUUGGAAAAUGUUUUAAUAUUCAGACUCAGACAUUCUGAGAAGUUAUAAACGUGAGUUUAGAAAGUAAAAAUAUUAGGCUUUUUAAAACCCCAGUAUGUUUUUUGGGGGACUUUUUAAAUUAAAAAAUUCUGAGUUUGUUUUCUUAAAAUUAAAAUCUUAAAAAUGUGAAAUUUUUGGUUUAUCAAGUGAAAAUGUAGGAAAAUUUUAAAAUUCCAAAAUUCUGAGUUUGGUUUCUAAAAAAAAAAAAAAAAAAGAAAACUGACGCCACUGAAAUGUUUCAAGUUUGGUUUCUCAUGAAUGUGUGACUCAGACAAAAGUUUUUCCCAUUAAAUUGACAGAUAUUUUUUAAAGCUAAUACACCUUCAUGUGUUAGCCUGUUAAUGGUUAUUUUCAUUAUGUGUUAGCAUCAAGCUAACAAACUCACCUUAGGAAUUAAAAUUUCUUUGAAUAGUCUCUUUCUUUCUUUGAAAGAGUUAUCAUCCUUGAGCUGCACACCCUUUAGAAAUAACCAUCCUCCUCAGCCAUUCAUUCAGAGCAGCAAACCUCCAGAUUCUCGUGGCGGCGGCGGCCCUCUAAGCUCCUCCUCCUCACCCUCGCCCUCCUCGUCGUAUCACUGUGUGAGUUUCUCUUCACUUCAUUUGACUUUUCUUCAUCACAGCCUCAACAAGCAGAAGUUCAACUUAUUUUUAUCUUUAAAUGUGUUUUUAGUCUCUUCGAGCUCCAGGAGAAACUGUCCAAUCAGACGCCUCCUGGGGCGGGUUUUAUAGAACGAAGCUGCCAGCUGAUUGGCCGACCAUCCCGACCUGCUCUUUGUUUGUUUGUAUUAAUUUAAUUUUUUAACUGAAGGGAUCUGUAGAGGUGAGCGGCUCCUGAUCGAUCACAGCAGACAAAAAAACCCAACAAAGUUUAUUUUUCUUUCACUCGCUCCGACUCUCCGUGUAACUAAAGACUUUCUGUUUGUGUAAUGCAUGAUUAAUAAAAGUAUUUUUUCUAGUCUUCCAAAAAAUGGAAAAAAAAAGUUCUGAUCAGUUUGCGAGUUUUGAUGAGUUUUGUAAGUUUUUUUCUUUUUUUUGAUUUACAAACUAUGAAACAGCAGAUUUUAAAGAUUGUACCACAUAGCAGAUACAGCUGUAUAUAAAAUGUCUAUAAUAACUAUUAAAUGGUGUACCUGUACGGAC